GUCAUAGUUUUUUGUCACGCCCCAGAACCCAAAUCCGGGGACGCAACAGACGCCGUGCACUCGUGAGACAGGUCCCACAAGUGCACAAGGCUUGGAACUUAUUCAAAUCACAAUCCGAUACCACAAAAUCUCAAGAUAAAAUUUUACAAUCUGCUCUGAUAUUAUAAAAUCUCCAAAUACACUCUAGCUUGCAAGAGCAUGAUUUAUUUCUAAAAUCUAUGUCAAUCUCAAAAUGGCUAGCCUUCUAACUCGUUACUCCCCUUGGUUUCCCCGUCCUCGGUUUCGAUUUCUGAAAUGGUGGACAAGGAAAACUAUGAGAUAACUCAGUAAGUAAAUACGGAUAGCCCUUGGGUAAAACUUUUAAGCAUGCCAGAUAAACAGUUUAAUAUAACCAAAACGCUCAGUGACAAAAUAAGAUUCAGUUCAAUUGGAAAGUAUUCAUGACAAACCGUUCAUGCAGAAUAAAACUCAGUUCAGUAGUCUCAUCCAUAAGUCAUGGCCAGUGUUUAACACACUCCCACUGGCAGGCGUCAGUAAUGGUACCAGUGUUUACAAACUCCCACUGACAGGCGUCAGUAAUAGUGCCAGUGUUUACAACUCCCACUGGCAGGCGUCAGUAAUAGUGCCAGUGUUUACAACUCCCACUGGCAGGCGUCAGUAAUAGUGCCAGUGUUUACAACUCCCACUAGCAGGCAUCAGUAAUAGUGCCAGUGUUUAACCCCAUAGGCAGGGUGAACCGGUUCCACAGAAAUACAUGUCGACAUGUGCUAGCGUUUACAACUCCCACUAGCGGGCGUCAGUAAUCAUGACUAUAUCCGAGACAAAUCCAUGCAAGAUUUACAGAAAUACCCGAAUUUCACAAUCAAUCCCGAAUUUCAGAACAAACCGAAAAAUUUCCAUGCGGGCAUGAAUUUAACAGAAAACUCAACAUUUACAAAAUUCUCAGUUCAUCAAAACAGUUCAGUCAAUGCCCAAAUAGGCAUGUUCAACUCCAG